AUGACUUGUCGCAGCAGCAGAUCUUGGUCGGUAGCCUGGCGGACCAUGUCAGCAGUCACUGGGAGGAUGCAAAUCGCUUCUGAUACUACCCGCGGUUCCAUUGCAAUCGUUGCGAUGAUGGUGGCUUCUGUUUCCGAUCUACUUGAGUCAAUGAGUCGCGACAGUGCGCCGGCCUGUCCGAGAGCAGGAAGCCAUGAACCGACAAAGAAAUUGCACUGCCGUCAGCAAGCUACAAUAAUUGCAACAAAACGAACCUACGAUGUCAAUUUCGGCAGAGCAACUCCAAGUAAUUUUCAGCAACAAAAACAGUUCGAAGAAGCUCAACUGAGGCUUGCUGAGUCUCUGAUACGCAGUAUGUCCGCGGAAGCGACAAAAACGGUUGGACCUCCGACUUCUUCGACAGAUGCUGUUGCCAGCUGGAUUAUUGAAUUCAACUUCGACGCUGAGUCCGGACGGACUUUCGAAAGUUGGUUGAAGAAAUAUGAGGACAUGCUGAAACCACCGGUAAUUCCCAUCAUAUUUGAACGUUUCGAGGUGGAUAGAAGGGUUACCAAUUCUUUGAUCAUAUCAGGGAUACAGUAG